ACUAUAGUUUGAGAAGCUCCUGUUAGGGGUCCCUCCUCUUACCUUCUGCCGGCUGUCAGUUCAAUAGCCUCUGGCUGGGGCAGCCACUCACCAGCAGAGGGCAUUGUAGGGAGGGGUUCACCUGUCCCCAGGUUUUCUCUUUCUCUGUCUCCUCCCUCCCAGACCCAGACUAUUAAGACCUCUGACUUCUGGGAUCCUCAGCUACUCCACUCCCCUGCCUUGGCUGGACUUUGCCAAUAGACAGGGACAGAUUCCCCCACCCCUCUUUAGGUCACUGGGAGGGAGGACUUUGCCGGGAAGCUCCGGGCCACUCCUGCCCGGAUUCCCCGCCCACCUCCACUUGUCUGCUGACCCGGUGACAGAGUCUGACUGACUGCUCUGUCUCCAGACAAGGAACUGCUAUUCCUGGAUGAGCAGGGGGGCCUCUGGGAGCACCCACACAGUAAGGUUCUUGGCUUUGGCUGGCACAGGGGUGCACGGGGGCUGGCAGCAUCAAAUGACCAGGUGGAUGUGCUCCCAUGAGUGCUCCUUCCAACCUGCCCAGUUCCUACUGCUGGUGGGGGUCCCGGUGGCGAGUGCCCUCCUUCUGGUCCAGUGCCUCCGAUGGCACUGUCCUCGCUGGCUGCUGGGGGCCUUUUGGAAGCUGGAUAACCAAGAGGAGCCAGUGUCCCAUCCCACUCCUCUACCAGAAAAUGAGUCCCCAAGGCAGUGCCCGCCAGCCACACUGCCGGAAAUGGCUGCCUUCUACCAGGAACUGCAUACACCCACUCAAGGCCAGACCGUCGUCCGUCAGCUGAUGCACAAGCUGUUGGUGUUUUCGGCUCGAGAGGUGGAUCACCGCGGUGGCUGCCUGAUGCUCCGGGAUAUGGGCAUCUCUCUGCUCAUCCCGCCAGGUGCUGUGGCUGUGGGCCGCCAGGAGCGGGUAUCGCUGAUCCUGGUGUGGGACUUGUUGGAUGCCCCGUCGUUGUCCCGAGCCCAGGGGCUGGUGAGCCCUGUGGUAGCAUGUGGCCCCCACGGGGCCUCCUUCCUGCAGCCUUGCACCCUCACGUUCAAGCACUGUGCCCAGCAGCCCCGCCAUGCACGCACUUACAGCAGCAACACGACCCUGCUCGAUGCCAAGGUCUGGAGGCCCCUAGGGCAGCCAGGGGCCCACACGUCCAGGGACGAGUGUCGCAUCCGCCUCUCUCACUUCAGCCUCUACACCUGUGUGCUGGAGGCGCCUGCGGGCCGGGAAGCCCGCAAAUGGCUGCAGCUGGCUGUGUUCUGCUCGCCGUUGGUGCCAGGACAGUCCCACCUGCAGCUGCGCAUCUACUUUCUCAACAACACGCCCUGCGCCCUGCAGUGGGCCAUGGCCAACGAGCAGCCCCACGGUGGGCGCCUGCGCGGGCCCUGCCAGCUCUUCGACUUCACGGGGGCCCGAGGGGACCAGUGCCUGAAGCUCAAGUACAUCUCUGAGGGUUGGGAGAACGUGGAUGAGAGCAGUUGCCAGCUGGUUCCCCAUCUCCACAUCUGGCAUGGGAAGUGCCCCUUCCGUUCCUUCUGCUUCCGGAGGAAAGCAGCCAAUGAGAAUGAGGACUGCUCAGCGCUUACCAAUGAGAUCAUUGUCACCAUGCAUACCUUCCAGGACGGCAUGGAGACCAAGUACAUGGAAAUCCUCAGAUUCCAGGCAUCAGAGGAAGAAUCCUGGGCGGUGCCACCCCCUGCCUCUCAGCCACCCCCAUGCAACAGGCUGCCUCCAGAGCUCUUUGAGCAGCUGCAAAUGUUGUUGGAGCCAAACAGCAUCACGGGCAAUGACUGGCGUCGACUGGCCUCCCACUUGGGGCUCUGCGGCAUGAAAAUCCGGUUCCUGUCCUGCCAGCGCAGCCCAGCCGCAGCCAUCCUGGAGCUGUUUGAGGAGCAGAACGGCAGCCUGCAGGAGCUGCACUACCUCAUGACCGUCAUGGAGCGGCUGGACUGCGCCUCGGCCAUCCAGAACUACCUGAGCGGGACGCACGGCGGCGGGGGCGCCCAGGAGAACCAGGGCUUGGAACUGGACGAGAAGCUCUGAGCGCUCCCAGGGGGCACGGCGGGGACCUCCUCGCAGCACUCUGGGCACCUGGGGGGCCCCGACACCGAGGGAGAGCGCGGCAGCUGCUUCUGGCCGCGCCCACCGACCUCAUCAGAA